GGCGGCGGUGGUCGGUGCGGGAGGAGGGAGGGGAGCUCGCGGGCCGCAGAGGGGGCGACGGCGGCGGUAGCGGCGCUGGUGGCGGCGUCUGCCUGAAGAGGCGCAGGUGGCGGCGGCGGCGGCGGCGGCGGCGGCCGAGGCGGAGCCUGGAGAGGUGUGGCUGGACCAAGACCUCCCCUGAUGUAAGCAGGCUCCCUCCUCCCCCACCACCCGUUGCCACCACGCCAGGGGACAUCUUCAAGCCCUGGCCCUUAGGGGAGAGGUAACAAGAGCCCAGAGCCGAGACCAUGUGACGGCGCUGGCCCUUGCCACCGCCGUCCCCCAACCCUGGCCCCAGGCCUGGCACCAUGAUGUUCCGAGACCAAGUGGGCAUCCUCGCUAGCUGGUUCAAGGGCUGGAAUGAGUGUGAGCAGACAGUGGCCCUGCUGUCACUUCUGAAGCGGGUCACCCGUACCCAAGCCCGCUUUCUGCAGCUCUGCCUGGAGCACUCGCUGGCGGACUGCAAUGAUAUCCACCUGCUGGAAUCAGAGGCCAACAGUGCUGCCAUCGUCAGCCAGUGGCAACAGGAGUCCAAAGACAAGGUGGUGUCCCUCCUGCUGUCCCACUUGCCCCUGCUGCAGCCAGGCAACACGGAGGCCAAGUCCGAGUACAUGAGACUGCUGCAGAAGGUGCUGGCCUACUCCAUCGAGAGCAAUGCCUUCAUUGAGGAGAGCCGCCAGCUCCUCUCUUACGCCCUCAUCCACCCGGCCACCACUCUGGAGGACCGCAAUGCGCUAGCCCUCUGGCUAAGCCACCUGGAAGAGCGACUGGCUAGUGGAUUCCGAACCCGGCCAGAGCCUUCCUACCAUUCACGCCAGGGCUCAGAUGAAUGGGGGGGACCUGCAGAGCUGGCCCCUGGAGAGGCAGGGCCAGGCUGGCAGGACAAGCCACCCCGGGAAAACGGACAUGUACCCUUCCACCCAUCCAGCUCGGUGCCGCCGGCCAUCAACAGUAUUGGGAGCAAUGCAAAUACAGGUCUCCCCUGCCAAAUCCACCCUAGCCCACUGAAGCGCUCCAUGUCACUCAUCCCUACGAGCCCUCAGGCCCCUGGUGAGUGGCCGAGUCCAGAGGAGCUUGGGGCCCGGGCUGCUUUCACCACGCCCGACCACGCACCCCUCUCGCCACAGAGCAGUGUGGCCUCCUCUGGCAGUGAGCAGACGGAGGAGCAGGGCUCCAGCCGGAACACUUUCCAGGAGGAUGGCAGCGGGAUGAAAGAUGUGCCCUCAUGGCUCAAGAGCCUCCGCUUGCACAAGUAUGCUGCUCUGUUCUCACAGAUGAGCUAUGAAGAGAUGAUGACCCUAACUGAACAGCACCUAGAGUCACAGAAUGUCACCAAAGGUGCCCGGCACAAGAUAGCCCUGAGCAUCCAGAAGCUGCGUGAGAGACAGAGCGUCCUCAAGUCCCUAGAGAAGGAUGUGCUGGAAGGCGGCAAUCUGCGGAAUGCUCUGCAGGAACUGCAGCAAAUCAUCAUCACCCCUAUCAAGGCCUACAGUGUCCUUCAGGCCACCCCUACUGCCAAGGAUGGGGGCCGGGGGGAGCCGCUACUGCCAGGUGCUGAGCCUCCCCUCACCCACCCUGGACCAGACACGGGCACUGAGGCUAAGGACCCUCCAGCUGCAGAGAACUAUCCUCCUCCACCAGCUCCAGCCCCCGCUGAUAGCAGUGAGCCAGCCCCAGCUCCUGUCGCCGACGGAGACAUCCCCAGCCAGUUUACACGGGUGAUGGGCAAAGUAUGCACCCAGCUGCUGGUGUCCCGACCAGACGAGGAGAACAUCACCAGUUACCUCCAGCUCAUCGAAAAGUGCCUGACUCAUGAGGCUUUCACAGAGACACAGAAGAAGCGGCUGCUGUCCUGGAAGCAGCAAGUGCUGAAACUCCUCCGGACAUUCCCUCGCAAAGCUGCGCUGGACAUGCAGAGCUACCGGCAGCAGAAGGGCUGGGCAUUUGGCUCCAACUCGCUCCCCAUAGCUGGCUCUGUGGGGAUGGGUGUGGCCCGGCGGACCCAGCGGCAGUUCCCCAUGCCUCCUCGGGCCCUCCCACCUGGCAGGAUGGGCCUCCUGAGCCCUUCAGGCAUUGGGGGCGUCUCUCCUCGACAUGCCCUUACCAGCCCCAGUCUUGGGGGUCAGGGCCGACAGAGCCUGUGGUUUGCCAACCCUGGAGGCAGCAACAGCAUGCCGAGCCAGAGCCGCAGCUCUGUGCAACGCACUCACUCGCUCCCCGUUCACCCAUCGCCCCAGGCGGUUCUCAUGUUCCCUCCAGACUGCCCAGUACCUGGGCCUGACCUGGAGAUCAAUCCCACCCUGGAGUCUCUGUGUCUGAGCAUGACAGAACACGCCUUGGGUGAUGGGACAGACAAAACCUCCACCAUCUGACGGGACCCACAGCCCAGCGCACCCAUAGGCUCCCCGGGCGGCGGGCGGGGGCCAUCCCCCAACAGGCUUCUCCUCGGCAGCAAGAGGGUGGGCUGGUGCAGCUAUACAUUCUGAUAUUUUUCUACUCAUCCUCUUAACUUUUGUUUAACAUUGGCACACGCCUUGCUCACUCCCAGGCCCAUUGAGGGAUCUCGGCUGAGGCCGGGGGACAGAGAGGGCAGCCAGGGGCAAGGGGCAAAGACUGGCCAGACUGCCUGCCCCUUCCCUCCCAACCCCCACCCUGGCCCUAUCCUACCCCUGCCUCCUACAGACAGCUGUCCUUCCCCAGGAGAGCAGUCUUCCUCAGAAACAAACCGACCACCACCUUGUGCAGCUUGCCCCUCAGAAACAUGACUGGGGCGUGAACAGUGAGCAGCGUGCAGCACUAGUAUGUCACUGAGAAGAGCCCUCUCCCUACCCUACACCUCAUCCCACCAUUCCCCAGACAGGCACCAUCUUCUUCCCCGUCCUGCCCUGUUAUCAGAGGUUCUCUACAAUUAAUUUCUUAGGCCUAUUUAAGAUACAUAUUUAUAUAGUUAACGGUUUUUCUCUGAUCAUUCCCUGUCAUUUUUAGAAUCCCCAGGCCUCUCUCUGAGCCAGGACUGUGGCAGGGGGAGCCUGAAGUUUAUGAGAAGAGAGGGCGGAGCCCCCUCCUCCAGACCCCCCUGCCCGUCCCCAUCCCAGCCCCGGCUCCCAGAUGCAGAGGUUGAAGGUGGGCAGCCCCGGCCCGCAGUGAGGUCAGGAAGUCUGUUGCCUUAAUGUCCCCUCCCCCACCAACAUAACCCUUCUCUGUUCCUCAGGUCUGUUGGCAAAAGACUUGUGGGUAGGAACCAGGGAAAAGGAGUUGUUGGGUUUUGUUUUCUUGCCUCCCCUUCCUUUCCGUCAGCCUUUGACACCCCAUUAUGUCAUGACCUCAUGUAGGUGGAACACUAUGUCAUAACCCAGAGGUGCAGCCCAGCCUGAGUCACACAACCUUGCUCUGCUCCCCGUUCUUGAUGAGGGCUGGUGCUGGGGCCCAGGUGGAGGGAGGGAAUUUGGGGUUCAGGCUGUGGGGAAGCCAGGGUCCCCUAUUCCAAACUCCUCUUCCCCCCUCAACCUACACCCUCAUUGGGACAUUCUCAAGCUUUUCACACGAAAAGGAAAAAAAAUGUUAUUUUUAGAUACAUUUUAUGAAUAACUUUUGUUAUGACUAUGGCUGGUAACCAUUGUGUAUGUUAUUAAAGAUACAAAAUGUUGGGAAAAAACAAAAAAACAAAAAAAAAAAAAAAAAAGGAAAAGAAAAAAAAAAAAAGAAAACCACAGCCUUCCCUGCACUAUCAGCCCAUUUCCCCCAGACCUUGCCCCUGCCUCCUGGUCUGUGGACCUCCCCUGCUCCGAGCCCAGGGAGGGAGAAGAAGCCAGGGGGUAGAGUGGCACUGGGGACCUGCCUGUGGUCCCCACCACCUCUCCCAGUGCCGGGCUGGGCGGGGUGUCAGGUGUAUUUAUGUACCUCUUGCACACUCAUCAACCUAUGCAAGUCCCCACCCCGGCCCUCCAGGUUUCUGUGCCUUUGCUCAUUUCCCUCUCUAACUCCUGGGCUGCUCCGGCCUCUCCCACCGGCUGUGGGAAGUGGGGUGAAAGGCCACCUGUUUAGAAUAUGCAGGACCCUUCCCUCCACAAGCCGGUCUAGUCUUGUCUUGUUCACUUCCCAUCAGGGUGACUGACCCUGCCUGGCACUGAAAGGUGAUGAGGGACACCUCCCCCACCCGACAGCGGAGUGCAGGACGCAGGCGGCCCCACUCUGACAGGCAGGACCCUGACCCUCCCGCCCCUAGGCCCCUCCAUGGUUUCACCCUACCCUACCUAUUUCUGUCCCCAGCCCCACUGGCAGAAUCAGCUUUGAGUAACUGUACAUUUUUCUCGCUGUUGGAGAAGACUUAUUUGUUGGAGUUUGAAUUGUUAAUGGUCUGGGCUUAUUUUGGAAAAAAAAAAAAAAAAAAAAAAACCAACAAA